GAGCCGAGCCCGCGUGCGGGUGGCGUCGCGGCGCCCCUAGACUCCCGGGCGCGAGCGAGUGUGAGUGCGUGGGAACCUGCCUCCCCGCCGGGGCCGCGAGCGUCUGAGCAGAAAGCGGCCACUCGGGCCACCCAGCCCAGCGGCCGCGCUCUCCAAGGCCUUUGGCGCCAGCCUGGCCUCCGUUCGCCAACUCCGGCGAGUUUAAAGAGGACGAACGUCUCAGUUCUCUGUACCCACCCCACCCCGCCCCCUCUCGCAACGGGGCCGCCACAGAGUCCUGGGCGCCCCCACCUCGGCCCCCGGGAGCACCGCUCUCUGGCGCGGCCCUCGGGUGGGGAGGGUUGGCCCCUAAACUCGCUCGUCCAGCCCAACCGCCCAGGUGGCUUCUCCCUGCCCUCGGGGCCGUCCUGAGCGGCUCGGAGAGGCGUCGAACAGAGCCCCAGUUCCCGCCUCCUCACCCGCCUCUGCCCUGUAAGGGAGCUUUGGGCCCAUGUGGACCCGGGGUGCCUCUUCGGCCUAGGGCAGGCAGCUCCGGGGCCCUGGCCCACCCGGCGGCCCCCGGGAGGCCACGGGGACAGUGCAGAGCGCGCGCCCUUGGAUGAGGUCCCGCAGCGACGCCCCGGCCCGCCUCGCUCCUCCUCCUGCCCGGCCAAGCUGCCUCCCAUUUGGGGAGUCUUGUGGGUUUUCUUUCUCCUCCUCCAACCUCCGCGGAGGCCACGACUCAGGCGCCGCAGCCGGGGGCCGCCUCCAUGGUGCGGGGCAGGCGCUGAAGUCAGCGAAACAGAGCCUGGCCUGGAACUGGCCGCGCGGGAGGCCAAGGCCAUGGCCAUAGCCACGUCGGCCCAGCUGGCCCGGGCACUCUACGACAACACUGCUGAGUCCCCCCAGGAGCUGUCCUUUCGCCGAGGGGAUGUUCUACGGGUACUGCAGAGGGAAGGUGCUGACGGGCUGGACGGCUGGUGCCUCUGCUCCCUGCAUGGCCAGCAGGGCAUUGUGCCCGCCAACAGAGUGAAGCUCCUUCCUGCUGGCCCAGCACCUAAACCCGGCCUCUCCCAGGUGCCCUCAGCCCAGCCUGGCUUACCACUUCCAGCCCCAGAGCAAGGCAAUGAGGACCAGGAGGUGUAUGUGGUGCCACCCCCAGCUCGGCCCUGUCCUACCUCGGGACCUCCAGCAGGACCCUGUCCGCCCUCCCCUGAUAACAUCUACAAGGUCCCCAGAGGCAGUGGGACUCAACUGGCUGCCCCUGGAGAUGCCUUGGAGGUCUAUGAUGUGCCCCCCACUGCCCUCCGAGUUCCUUCUGAUGGCCCCUAUGACUCCCCCGCAUCCUUUGCCCGCCCUCUGGCCCAGGUAGCCCCACAGCCCCCUGGAGAGGAUGAAGCUCCCUACGACGUGCCUCUGGCCCUGAAACCACCAUCUGAGUUGGACCCGGAUCUGGAGUGAGGGGGCCGGGAGCCAGGCCCCCCCAUCUAUGCUGCUCCCUCCAACCUGAAACGAGCAUCAGCCCUGCUCAACCUGUACGAAGCACCCGAGGAACUGCUGGCAGAUGGGGAAGGCGGGGGCACGGACGAGGGCAUCUACGACGUUCCCCUGCUGGGGCCAGAGACACCCCCUUCUCCAGAGCCCCUGGGAGCCUCAGCCUCCAAUGACCUGGACACCCUGGCCCUGCUUCUGACCAGAAGCCCCGCACCCCCCCACAGGCCCCGGUUGCCCUCAGCUGAGAGCCUGUCCCGCCGCCCUCUGCCUGCCCUGCCUGUCCCAGAGGCCCCUAGCCCUUCUCCGGCUCCCUCUCCUGCUCCAGGCCGGAGGGGCAGCAUCCAGGACAGGCCUCUGCCCCCACCCCCACCCCGCCUGCCGGGCUAUGGGAUCCCCAAGGUUGAGGGGGAUCCAGACGGCGGGGAGGUGGAGGACCAUCCAGCAGGUCACCACAAUGAGUACGAAGGCAUCCCAAUGGCUGAGGAGUACGACUAUGUCCACCUGAAGGGCGUGGACAAAGCUCAGGGAUCCAGGCCCCCGGAUAAGGCCUCCCCAGGGGAUCCUGACCUGCUGGAGAGGGGGCCGCCGGAGCCACAGGAGGCCCUGUCCCCAGGGGAACCACUGGUUCUGCCCGCCGGAGAUCUCCAGCUCCUGCACUUCUAUGCCGGGCAAUGCCAGAGCCACUACUCAGCGCUGCAGGCAGCCGUGGCAGCCCUGAUGUCCAGCACCCGGGCCAACCAGCCUCCACGCCUCUUUGUGCCCCACGGCAAGCGGGUGGUGGUGGCCGCUCACCGCCUCGUAUUCAUUGGGGACACCCUGGGCCGGCUGGCAGCCUCCACCCCUCUGCGAGCACAGGUCGGGGCUGCGGGCACAGUGCUGGGCCAGGCAUUGCGGGCCACCGUGCUGGCCGUCAAGGGGGCCGCUCUGGGCUACCCAUCGGGCUCUGCGGCUCAAGAGAUGUCACAGUGUGUGGCAGAGCUGGCAGGGCGGGCCCUGCAAUUCACCACCCUGCUCACCAGCCUGGCCCCCUGAGCCCCUUGGACCUGCUCUGCCCUCGCCUGCCUACCAGAGCCCCCCUCCAGGCCUGGGGCCACCCUAGUUUUAGGAACUAGAAGAGGCGGAGGCAUCUUUCCCCAUUCCUGCCCAUUCCAGUCAUCUCAGCCUCUCACAGAGGCUCUUCCCCCUAGCCCACAGCUUUUUGUACGAGCCAUUUUGUAUAAAUUAUUUAUAUUUAAUAUUAUUCCCUGCUUUGUCAGGAACAGGUGCCUCCUCUGGGCAGGGAGGAACUGGACUCUCCUCCUCCCUCAGCCUGGGGUGGAGGUUCUUGGGCACCACAUGGCCACCUGCUUCCAAAAGCUUGGCCCCACAGAGAACCAGAUGGCUGAAACCUGGGGCCACCCAGAGCCCCUUUCUUAUUCUGUGUCUUGGCUCUCAGACAUCAGUGCCUCACUGUUAGCUGAGAGCAAGGGUGGGACAUUGGUGCCUCCCCACAGGGGGAGAGAGUCUUUCCUCCCUCCGGAGAGACUGGGCUUCAGGCACUCAAUAAACCAGCUGUCUGGUUCCCUGACUUUGCUUCUUGGGACCCUGUGGGGCAGGCCUGGUACCCUUGUCCACACUGAUGGGACACACACUGUGAGCAAGCUGCCUUUAGGGUUUGAGGGGAAAUUUUGCUGUUUCUUCAACAACCCUUCAUCUCGUGGGUUCUCAGCUCCCAUGAUACGCCCAGCAAAAAUCUGAAGGUACACUGCUGGGUGGGAAAGGGGGCUGGAUAUAAACAAGUCAGCUAAAGCAAGUAAAUAAAAAAAAGAAACCCGGCACAGA